CUUUUUACAGUACCUUGGUGUUUCUUGUUAAUUGUGGUCGCAGAUCAUGAGGAAUGUGCACACUCGGUGGAAUGUGUUUAUUUUCUUAGGUCUGUGGACAUUCUGUACCUUCUCUGUGAGGGGGCGUGUCCAGUUAUGUGCCAAAAACGAUGACGCGACUUUUGCGCGACGGUGUUGGACUGUCGCGUGCAAGCCGUCCCAAAACACGCAAGCAUGGCUGCAAUUGGCAUUUGUAAACAGUGGUUGUUUCUUUCGUGUGAUACCAAGUUAAUAGCCGCUCACACGCAGCAGGACAGUGAGCCAUUUGUGUUUGACUGUAGCGCUGCUGAGAAAAAGGAAAAGCAUCCAAAGAGUGACAACAGUCUUAGUCUGGCAGAGGAAACAGAAAGUGAUAAAGUGCUGGCAUUUACCAUUUCACCAUCUGGAAACCUGGUGGCACUAACAGAUGACUCCAAACGACUGGUCCUCUUUCGGUGUGAGCGUUCAUGGAAGUGUGUCAGCACCAGGUGGUUGGUGAGGAGGGGCACAUCCCUGGUGUUUACCUGGACAGAAGACGAGGUGCUUGUUGCUGAUAAAUCGGGCGACGUGUACUCCUUCUCAGUAGUGGACCAGGAGAGAGAGGGAGAGCUGAAGAUGGGGCACCUAUCCAUGGUCCUAGCUGUUACCAUGUCACUGAACGAUAAGUACAUCAUCACCGCCGACCGAGAUGAAAAAAUAAGAGUGAGCCACCUUAGAUCGCCAUACAACAUCCAGUCUUUCUGUCUGGGACAUCAACAGUUUGUUAGCUCUCUUCUGGUGCCAUCAGGUCAUCCACACUGGUUGCUGUCGGGAUCAGGGGAUGGGACCAUGAAGCUGUGGGAUUUCACGUCAGGGAAGAAGUUGCAUAGUUGGGACCUGCAACAGCUCGAAGAGGGACUUGGCUCCGACUCAGAGAAAAAGCUAACUGUUUGCCAAAUAACCAGUUCUCCUGAUGGGUGUCACAUAGCUGUACAGUGUGACAGAGUGUCAACGAUUCAGUUUUUCACGCUGCACCAGGACGAUGAAGAGAAGAAAUUUGUGCCUCACAGCAGGCUUUCCCUACCCUUCUGUCCUUUGGAUAUGGCCUUUGACCCAGAAGGUCGGCUUUGGGUGCUGAUGGAUUCCUGUGAAACUCUGCUACAAAUUUAUAAGCUUGAGCAAAGCUCUUGGAAGCGUGAAGCGGAAAGCCCUGAACUCAAACGAGUGACUGAGGCCUUCAAGCCCCACUGGCAGAGUCUUGAUGCUUCAGCUCGGACCAGCAGUCGCUUUGAGCAUCUGUACAAGGAGACUUUUGAUAACGUGGCAGAAUACCUGGAGAAGAAACAACACAGACUGGCGGAGCAGCAGCAGAAGAGGAGGAGCAUGGGACAGAAAGACGGCGGCAAGAAGAAGGCCAGGAAAGAGAUGCUGGAAGCUGUGGUGGAUGUGUCGUCCACAUGAAUUCACCGUUGGAAUGGAGCAUUUAUUUUAAGAGAAGAUAAACAUCAUUUUGAUUGGCUAACAUAUGUUGUUCGUGUCUCACGCAUUUGUUUCAGUCUGAAAAUAAACAAAUUCAUAGUAGCAAAGCCAUAGUUAAGUCUGAUUGGCUUCUGGCUGCGCCGUUCUCACAAUACAGCUUUUCACCUAACGAGAAAUCUCGUCACAUUUAAGUCUCGCGAGAUCUCGUGUGACGAGAUCCUUAUCUUUUAAUAAUUAUUCUGGGUGGCGAUAAUCGGGCUGGUGUGGAGGAGACGGGUUUAGGUUUUCUUCUGCAUGAGUGCAGAGGGGCACAGGUGGGUGUGUGCACUUACGUACAUGGAAGCCUUAGAGCAGGGGUGUCCAAACUUUUUCCAGCAAGGGCCACGUACUAAAAAAUGGAAGGAUGCAAGGGCCACUCUGAUAUUUUGUUAACCAACACAUGGAGAUAUGCUAAGAAGCUAUACGUAGCUCAAGAAAAAGCAGGUUAGGUGAAAUGCUACUAAAAAAUGAUGUUUUUUCCAAUAAUAAUACGAGUUUAUUCUUGUAAAAUUGCUACUUCUGUUCUUCAUUCGAGUAUGACUUUUUUUUCUUAAUAUUUUGACUUUAUUCCCGUAAAAAUGACAGCUGUUUUUUCCAAUAGUUGCAACUUCAUUCCCAUAUUUUUUAUCUUUUAAAAAAAAUAAUUUAUUUUUUCUUUAUUUCAACAUUGUCACAAAAAUUUUAUUUUUCAUCAUAUUACAAGUUUAUUCUUUUUUUUUUUUUUACUUUUUUUAUAAAGUUUAUAACUUUUUUUUCUCACUAGGAAACUAUUUUUUACUCUUCAUAUUUUGACUUUACUCUGGUAAAAUUUGUGCUGUUUUCAAUUUCUGCUGUUGAUUUUUUUUUUAUAAUUUUCCGAAUAUUUUAACUUUCUUCUUCUCCUAAUAUUUUCACUUUAUUCCCACGUUAUAAAUUUUCCCCCAACCUAAGUUUGCAAAAAAUUACAACUUUAUUCACUGUUUUUCACUUUAAAAACAAACAAACUUUUUUUCUUUAAUAUUUCAACUUCAUGCUACGAAAAUGAAAUGACUUUAUUCUUGUGUUUUUUCCUUGCUAGAUUACAACUCUUUUUAAUAUUUCAGACUUUUGAUUGAAGUUUCCCUGUUAAAUUACAUUUUUAGACUGUGCUGCGGGCCGAUAAAAUCACAGCCGCGGGCCACAAAUGGCCCCCGGGCCACACUUUGGACAUCCCUGCCUUAGAGGGUGCACUUGCUUGUGUCGAGGAGGAGGACUGAGGGAAGCCGUAUUUUUUCUUAAACCCAUUCUCACAUUUUCUUACGCUGUCUUACAAGCUAAAGUCUACCAUCAUACUUAGUGCAUGCAAAGUAUCGCUUUAUUAGAGUCUCGAGAAUAAACAUUUUUAUGGGCGCCUCAAUUCGUCCCAUUUUUUUCCGCUAUCUGCGAGUUGUCUCGAAACGUAACCCCCUCAGAUAGCAGGACUCUAACGGCAGCUGCAGUUAAAAAACCCACAAUUCCGUUAAGACAAAACAAUACAAUACAAAAAUGAAAGUUAAUGAUUUUGUAAUUUGUCAUUUUAUUCAUUUUUUGUAGGAAAGAACAAAAGUCACUAAAACUGUACAAUCUGUAAAAAAAACACUUCAAAUAUUUUUAAAAAAGAAAAUGUAAAUUGUAUCUAAAGUUCGUUCACCUGUACAAAUGAAUGUUUCCCUAAAAAACGAAAGGUGUCCACUGAGUUCAUCAGUAAUUGGUAACACGUCGGAAUUAUUUCAUCACUCGAGGCUAAAUAUCGACGAUUGUCCAAGAUGUGAAGCAGUAUUGCCGGUUCUUCCUCAGGCUGAAGUGCGUAGAAGACACUGACGCAAAUCUUUGCGAGACCUGCAAACACCAACCGUGUAUGAUGAAUACAUUCUGUUUUAUGGCUUUGCGGCUUGCAAAUGUUAAAACCACAAUGAACAAAGCAGUUCCUCUCCUCACCCGUUUGCACGCCAUAGUGAUGAGUAAUUUCAUUUGAGCUUAUUUCAUCUAAUUCUUUGCGUUGUUUGUUGAUACUUUGUUGUUGUCUUAUGUUGUCUUAUAUUGGCCAGGUCAGGUGACAGGCAGGCUUGCGCUACUUAAUGUGCUCUUUAUAUUUUAUUUGUGUUCUUCUUGAAGCUGAGAGUUCCACAGCAAGUGUCAUUAUGUCUUGGUGUGAUGACAAUAAACACUUCUUGACCAUAUUCUAAUUGU